AUGGGAGACCGCACUCUAUUCAUACCUCCACAUGUGGGAGAAAAUGUGUUGCCAAAUCUUCCUUUUUUCCACAGAUUAUUGCGUUAUGCGCAACGUAAGCCUUCGCCCAUUGUGGUUCGGGACUUGGUUGCCGGCGUGGAAAAGACAUACCAUCAUCUUGUUUCGGAUGUGUUAGCCUUUCGCAAGGUCUUGGAAACAUCACUCAGCCAUGAAGCUCGAUGCGAUUUGAUUGCAGAUAAGGAGGUAUACAUUGGGUUGCUUGCACCCGGGGGGUAUGAAUACACCGUCAGCUUCAUCGCAAUCCUCGCAAUGGGUGCAGCAGUGGUGCCUAUGGCUGCUGUAUUGCCAGCAGAAGAAGCCUCGUACUUCUUAUUGAAAGCACGAUGUGUAGCUCUGGUAGCCAGCACGACCAGCGACAAGACCGCCCAGUCCGUGGUUCGCUAUAUGGGAGAAAGCAAAGGCGUCCAUAUCCCCUGCAUAACCCCAAUGGCAUCUCAUUUCCGCCCCACGCUUCUCCCAUCAGAUGAAAUGACCAUCUCCUCCGGUCCGGUUCCAGAUAUGAACGCCGCAGCAUUGGUAAUUUACACCUCCGGCACGACAGGGCCCCCAAAGGGCGCUGUGCAGCGUCGCAGUUAUAUCUCCGGAAAUGGAGAGGCCGACGCAGCCUACUACCAAAUCACAGACAAGGACACAGUCCUCCAUGUUCUUCCGGUGCAUCAUGCCUCCGGUGUGGGGUUGACUUUCCUCCCGUUCCUCGCAGCCGGCGCAUGUAUUGAGUUCCGCAGUGGCAGCUUCGACACAGCGUGGACGUGGGAGCGCUGGCGACAGGGAGGUCUUACGUUUUUCUCUGGAGUUCCCACCAUAUACAUGCGUAUGAUGCGGUACUAUGAAGAGAAUAUUGCAAACCAAGCUCCUGAGAUACGUGACCAGUAUACCGCUGGUGCGCGUCAGAUUAGAGCUAUGCUUUGUGGUACUUCGGCACUUCCAGGACCAGUACAAGAGUUCUGGCAUAAUAUUAGGAACAGACCAAUUCUCACUCGCUACGGUGCAACAGAAUUUGGCGCAGUCAUCAAGACUGAACUUGAUUCCGAUGGAACGCCGCGAAACAGUGUUGGUUGUAUUGCUGAGGCGGUCUCACUCAAGCUUACCGAGGAAGGUCAGAUACUAGUGAAGGGCCCUUAUAUGUUUUCCAAGUAUCUCUUCGACGAGAAAGCAACGGCGGAUGCACAUGACGCAGAGGGGUACUUCAAAACUGGGGAUAUUGCUCGCCGCGAAGGGAAAUAUUAUUUCAUCCUAGGCCGUGCCUCGGUUGAUAUUAUCAAGUCAGGUGGCUAUAAGAUCUCCGCAUUGGAUAUCGAGCGCGAGAUCCUGGGUCUGGACUAUGUUUCCGAGGUCAUGGUUGUGGGCGUUGAAGAUGAGGAGUUCGGUCAACGAGUUGCUGCUACUGUCAGCCUCAAACAAGAUCAAAAGACAGCACGUAAGUGCCUCACAAUUGCCGAGCUUCGGGAGGAUCUGCGGAGUAGGAUGGCCGGGUAUAAGAUUCCAACUAUCCUUCGUGUGGUCCAAGGUGAGUUGCCUAAGUCGGGUACGGGAAAGGUGCAGAAGAAGAUAUUGGGACCGCAGUUCUUCCCGCCUAACUAUCGAGAGCUGCCUGAGGUGCAAGUCUGGAGCAAGGAGAAUAAGGCCAACCUAUAG